CUCACGUUGACAACUCGUCAAAAAUGGCAGAUUCAGGCCCCACUAAAUCGGAUAUCGAGGAAAUUUUCAAAAGAUUGAGGGCUAUUCCAACUAAUAAGACAUGCUUCGACUGCAACGCAAAGAAUCCAGCAUGGUGCAGUGUGACAUACGGUGUCUUCCUCUGCAUUGAUUGUUCAGCUGUUCAUCGUAGUUUGGGUGUACACUUGACCUUCGUCAGAUCCUCACAGCUGGACACCAAUUGGACAUGGCUUCAGCUGAGGAAUAUGCAGUUGGGAGGCAAUGCUCAUGCUAGGACGUUUUUCUCUCAGCACAACUGCACGACGACCGAUGCACAGCAGAAGUACAAAUCUCGUACUGCCAUGCAGUAUCGGGAGAAAUUGUCUCAAGCUGCCAACCAGGCGAUGCGUCGUCAUGGAAUUAAGUUGCAUUUAGAGGAUCAUGUGGAUACAAACAACGAAGAACCAGCGGAAGUCGACUUCUUCACUGAACACGAAACCUUCGAGGAUGCAAGAUCGACCCCAGUGACCCCAGCCCAGCCCAAAGUGGCUGCUCUCACCGCACAAUCUCUCCUAAACGAUAACCCACCUAAAAAUAAGACAGAAUCGAAUACAGAUUCGCUUACGAGUAACGUGGGGCCCUCUGUGAAGCUCUCAGACUCAGCCCCGAGUGUUCAGCCCGACAGGAAACCCACAAUAGGGGGUAGGAAGGUGCAGGCCAGGCGUCCAGGACUUGGAAAGAAGACUGGAGGUCUUGGAGCUCAGCGAGUAACGACUAAUUUCGAUGAACUUGAGAAAAACAUCGCCGACGCGAGUGUCCAGGAGCCCGGGGAGGUCCCGGAACGUGGGAAGCAGGAGCAAGCAGAGAUUGAUAGUCGUUUGGCUUAUAAAUAUGAGCAGAAUCUCACGGAGCAGGCGAAACUCGUCAAGGAGAGGACCAAAAUGUUGGAUCCGAAGAAAGCAUCACAGGCUGAACGUCUUGGAAUGGGAAUCAAUGCCAGGAGUGGGGCCAGUCACUCAGCGUUCAGUGACAUGAAGGUAAUAACCCAGGAAUCGUCAGGUCGCAAAAUCACUGCCAGUGAAUCCAGAUACAACCCACGAGACGACGCAGAGAUCGAUACUCCAACAACUAGGGCAGUGCCGGACCUCGAUGACUUCUUCUCAGCGAUCAGUUCUCCCUAUUCAGCGAAAUCGAGUUACAAGGCGGGGAACGAGGAUGUCGUAGUUAUCUCGGAGCCAGAGAUGCCGAGGAGGGCUCCGUUGAAGCUCAACGGUGGGCGUGGUGAUGUUAAAACGACUUCCAGUGGUAAUUCCAAUGCUGAUGGUGAGGCCCAGAGGAAAUUCGGAGGGGCCAAGGCCAUCAGCUCUGAUCAGUACUUCCGGGAUAGUAAUAAUGAUGAUUCGUGGGAACGUAAGAGUAAUCUACGACGAUUCGAGGGUCAAUCAUCAAUAUCGUCGGCUGAUUACUUCGGCACAGGUACCACAUCGCCAACAGCAUCAUCACUAUCAAUGAGCAAUAUAACGACACGCACCCAAUCAGUGGACCUCGAGGAUGUACGUGAGAGUGUACGCCAAGGGGUAAAUAAAGUUGCUGGGAGAUUAAGUUCCCUGGCAAAUGCAGCAGUUUCGUCAAUUCAAGAUCGUUAUGGGCUUUAACAUUACGUUAUUCCUCCAGUGACUUGGCUUUCUUCCUCACUCACUGAUUCUUUGGACGAUCUGCACUUGUUCUCGGGACACGUUGGCACUGUAGCUCCAGGUGUAACGACGGUUUCUCAUGGAGGAGGCAUACCAAAACUAUUGUCAUAUUGUCACAGCCAGUGCCCAUCAGUGCAUCUGGAGCUAGACACCGAUUUAUAAGCUCUUCGCAUAUCUCUUCAGGGUAAACAGCUUCUGCAUCUGGCAGGAGGUCUGGAUCAUUUUGUCUAGCAGUUGCUAUGGAUUCUCUCAGGAAUUCGACGACUUCUUCACUGCUCAUCACAUCCCAUAUCCCAUCACAGGCGAGGAUUACGAACUCCCAGUCAUCGGUUAUUUCGAAUUUCUGAACUUCAGGAAAAGCUACAGAAUGAAAUAAAAAAAGAAAAUAAAUUGAUUAUUCAAUCAUCGAAUUGAUUGAUCGAUGGAAUAAUUUCCGGAUUCGUUGAUUGAAUGUCAAUCAAUUGAACAAAUGACCGAUUAAUUUGAAGAAAAUUUUCUUUUUAAGGCUGGAUGGUUUAUCUUUCGACCGUUACCUCGAGUGUUUUCCAUCUUCAUAAUCUAAAAUAUAUCACAAUUUCCACGGAAUUUGACGUCACGUAGGUGUCCUUAAAGAUUAUGAUUGCACAACCAAAAAAAGUAGAAAAGAAACUGAACAUUUUCAAGGAGCAUUUUUAAUAAAGAUUAGGAAAUGAGUCCGACA